AUGGUCAAUACGCCAUACAUAAUCAAUGAAAUUUAUGACAUUCUUCAGAAGUCUUCACCCUUUGAGUUGACAUUGGAGGCAUUGUUAGCGCUUGGUGUGAUAUGGAUAGUGUUUUAUAAGCGUACGACGAAGAAAUUACCGAUUGGCGAAGAAGACAUUAUUGCACAAUGGACUCCAGAACCACUAGUAGCAGAGAUACCACAGGACCAUCCAGCGUUGAAGACAAAAGUCGUGUACGGGCCGGUUGGUAAAACCGUAAAUGUAGACGGUUAUGAAUGCAUCAAUUUGGCUACACACAAUUAUCUUGGGCUAGCAGAAGAUGAAAACAUCAAGCAAGCUGCGAUCAAAAGUUUACGAAAGUAUGGGGUCGGUUCUUGUGGUCCCCGUGGAUUUUAUGGUACUGUAGACGUGCACUUGGAACUAGAAGAGCGGCUUGCAAAGUUUAUGCAAGUCGAGGAAGCGGUCGUAUACUCGUACGCAUUUUCCACAAUAGCUAGUGCCAUUCCUGCAUAUGCCAAACGCGGAGAUUUAAUUUAUGUUGAUGAAUGUGUGAAUUUUGCUAUACAAAAAGGGUUGGAUGCCUCACGUAGUAAGAUUUUCUAUUUUAAACACAACAACAUGGACGAUUUAGAGCGAUUACUGCAGAAACAAGAGAUUGAAGAUAAGAGGAAUCUGGCCAAAGCAAAAAAAAUUCGCCGCUUUCUAGUCGCGGAAGCAAUCUACAUGAAUACGGGGGAGGUGUGUCCACUUCCACGGCUAGUGGAACUACGAGCGCGUUAUAAAUUGCGUCUUUUCCUAGAUGAAAGCCUUUCAUUCGGAGUUCUGGGAGAUUGCGGCCGUGGUUUGAUCGAGCACUUUAAUGUGGAUAAAACGGAAGUCGACUUGGUAUCGGCAGGUCUCGAAUGGUCCGCUGCUACGAUCGGAGGUUUUUGUGCCGGCUCCUCGUUCAUUGUUGAACAUCAGCGGCUGUCUGGUUUAGGAUAUUGUUUUUCAGCUUCACUGCCACCCCUCCUCACUCAAGCAGCAAUAAGUGCACUGGAUUGUUUCGAGAGCAAUCCACGAAUAUUUAGCGAACUACGAGAACGUUGUGAAAUGGUUUCAACAAAGCUUCCCCUACUCCAACAUUUUCAGGCAAGAGGAGAUCCCUUAUCGCCAGUAAAGCAUUUGUAUUUGAAGCGCGGACAUGAUUGCUGGUCGCAAGAAAAAAUGAUCUUGGAUGAAAUUUCUGCUGAGUGUAUAAAAAAUGGUUUGGCUAUAGUUGCGGCAGAGUAUUUAGAAACCAUGGAGCGGCAAUGUCCAAGACCAAGUAUUCGCCUAACAGUGAACCGUUUGCUGUCAGAAAAUGAAAUAGACGAUGCGUUUCGAAUUUUAAAUGUUGCAUCGGAGAAAAUUCUCUCGAAAAAGGUUUAG